AUGAAGGCGUUUACGGCAAUCAUCCUCACACUAUUGGUCAUAGUACCAAGGAUAUCAGCUGACAGUACGAAGGAGAAACGUAGUGUCGCAGAGCAUGGGUCGCAACUAGGAGGAUACAACAAUCACGUCCUCCAGCAACAGCAGCAGCGUGCUCAUCAGUAUAGUGCUCCUGUUGUGCAAGACCAUUACAGCCAGUACGAGGAACAUCAUUCGUCUCAACAGCACUGGUCACAACCUGACGAACUGCUGAAUGGUCAACAACAAUAUGAACAACACGCCGUACAGCAUCAACCAGAUUAUGAAUCAUUCAAACUGCACACAUCAGUUCGCGGGCAGGAAGUACAACAUCAUCCUCAACAGCAUGAACAAAAUCACUACGAAGCGGACACCUAUGAGAAGCCAAUCCAGGACAACAACCAUUAUGAAAAGCCGAUCCAGGCCAAUAACAUCGAGUAUCACUACCCUAGCCAACAUAACCAGCAUGAUUCUGUAUCUCAUCAGGAGCUUGGUCACAAUAAUCAACAGCAGUACGUCUAUGAAGCUCCAAAGGAGCUCACAAAGGAAGUUCGUUUUCCGGUAGAAAGUCAACAGCACAGGUAUCCAGUAGUGCACCACGAGCAGCAGCAACAGCAUCAUGUUCCUGCACAUGUGCCGAGUCAAGUGCCCUACAAAGUGGCACGACCCAUGCCCUACCCUGCAGCAGUGAUGCUGCAGCACACGGAACAGCCAAUGUAUAAAGACAUCAACGUGGUUCACAUUCCAAAACCAGUCGCAGUUCAUGUCGAAAAGCCUUAUCCAGUGUACAUGGAACGGCCGGUGUAUGUGGAAAAACCCAUCCCGCUGAAGGUGGUCAUUCUCCGUGAGAAAAACAAGUCCUGGUGGUCGAAAUUGCUCUAA